AUGACGCGGACGCAUGUGCUUUCCCUGGUGGUAGCCGUCUUAGUGGCGGCAGGGGUUCCGGCGGUUGUAACUGCCGCGGAGGAGGAUAAUAUGCUCAGUAAAAUGAAGGGAAACUGGAGUGUUUUGCGGCUUGCGGGGCAACAUCCACGGCGAACAGGAUUUGUGGCUGAGUUGUCUGCCGCUUCUCUCGUCUUGCGUGGGGAGGAUGUGGAGCAGAGUGUGCUGGUGGCGGCUGCAGAGUCCGUCUUGCGGCUGCUGCGGCUGCUUGGGACGGACGAUGACAUGCAGUGGUCUUUGGCUGGGACCGCUGCAUGGCGGUUGGGCCUUCCGCGAGUUGUGAAUGCGCAGUUGACUCGCGAGGGUCUUCGCCUCACGGACUGUCCCGCGGCAGGAGUGACUUUCUUACGGCCCGAGCACCACAUGGAAGCGGCAACCGGUACUUUUUUCGAAACACCGCGGAGCGUCUACCUUCCAGUCGAUGGGGAGUGUGCGCAAGCCCCUUUCACCGUGCUGGGGUAUUGGAUGGAGUGGCUAAGCAACGACGAAAUUCUCUUGGUGGUUAUGGUGCGCCUCGGCGGAGCGGACCGCAACGCUGUCUUCCAACUGCGCCGACGGUUGACGGAGGGGACCGCGCCACGGUCGUCCAUCGCCUCUGUGGCCUUCCUCGUGGCGGUCGCCCUGAUGAAGUUCCUCCCGGGCCUGUAUUGGAGGCGGCGAGGAGGAGCUCCGCGCGGCAGAAGCAAGGUUCCAAUGCCCGCCCAGCCUCUCUUGUCUGAGCUCCGUCGACGUGAGCUUUUGCGACAACAGGAGGAGAUCAUUAGACGCAUGAAGGAAGAAGAUGGACUGCUCUGA